AUGAAGGGAACUUACAGCAAUUCUCUCUUCCUCAUCACAUUUGCUUCCGUUCCAUUGAGUCAUCCUAUUGCCCUCAUCGUAUAUGAAGACAUCUUGGCUGGUCAACGAUUUGACGCUCACGGGUACCUCAUAGACUGUAACCCUCGUUUUUGCGGCGUUCAGCUGGAAGUGGAGCAGACGGGGCCUAUAGGCAGCAGCGUUUGCUUGGCUGAAAAUCUGCUCGGCGGCUCCGCUUUGAACUCUGAAACACCAAAAAAGCGCUGGUAA